CCUGAAGACAGUGAAACAGUUGGGAGCUUCCUGACAUGGAGAAAUUGAUACCGGUCAUUCUUAUUUUAAGAGACUUCAUAUUGCUUAUUUCCUGCAGUGAAACAGAUUUUUAUUUUGUAUCAACCCCCAUGUCAUGGAAUGCAGCUCAGAGUUUCUGUAGAAGUAACAACUCGGAUCUGGUAACUAUUACAAAUCAAGAGAUGAAUCAGCAGCUGUCAAACAUUGCAAGAAAUUAUUAUUAUUAUUAUUAUUCUUUCUGGAUUGGGCUCUAUCAUGAAAAAGACAUCUGGCAGUGGUCUAAUGGAGAAAUCCCAAAUUAUUACAACUGGAAAAGGAACUUAUUUUGUGGUUAUGCUAAGAUGGAUGGCUCCUGGAUGGAUUCAUACUGUGAUGUUUUGAAGCCUUUCAUGUGCUACAAAGACACCAAGAAUAUGAAUAGGAGUUAUUUCUGGAUAAAUGAGAGUAUGAGCUGGAGCAGCGCUCAGAACUACUGUCAGGUGAAUUACACAGACCUGGUCAGUAUAAGGGAUGAGAGUGAAAACCAAAAAAUAAUGAAGACAGCACAGGGGUUCAACUUCUGGAUUGGCCUGUUCAACAAUCAAUGGAAAUGGUCUGAUGGACGAAAUUUAACCUUUCAAAACUGGGAUCAAAACUGCCAAGGACAUGAUAAAAGUGAACAAUGUGGGUUUAUUACUUCAUUUGGAAAGUGGUCUGCCUAUCCCUGCAGCACUCUGUGGUUCUUUUUCUGCAUUAACAGUAAGGCAGUCUUAAUGUUGUCAUUACCAGUAGAUUAUUACGCAUAA